AUUUUUUCAAUGGCAAUACUAAAUAUUGCUAGAUAUAUAAAACGCGGGUAAAUUUACGAUUACUAGACGUCUGGAAGAUGGCGAAGGGCAAAGUCAUAUGGAUAUCUGUUCUCAUCUUGGGCACGGCGUUCGCGCAGCCCCUGCCAAAUCCGCAAUACCCAUUCGAACCCUGCCUGCCCCCGUGCCCAUCCUACGACCCGUGCGCCCCCUGUGAUCCCUGUGCACCCUGCGACCCCUGCGCCCCUUGCGACCCCUGUGAUCCCUGCGUUCCGUACAACCCCUGCGUGGACCCCUGCCCGCCGCCAUGCCCGUCUCCCUGCGACCCAUGCCCGGACCCCAGUGUGGUGCAAGUUGGACCCUGCAAUCCUUGUGGGCCGGCUGUGAAUUAUAUGUACGGGCAAGCGCCAGCAGGUUCCAUAAUCGUGAAACCUGGCCAGCUGAACUUCCCUCCACCGCAGCCGAUACUGGUGAAACCGGGCAGGAUCAACCUCCCCCCUCCUGCAGCAGUCUGGGUGCGUCCAGCAGUGAUCCAGCCCCCCACGCCUCCUCCGAUCAUGGUCCGACCUCCGCCAAUAAAUCCUCCGACGCCUCCACCGUUCUACGUGAGGGUACCGCCUGUGAGGCCACCGAUUCCUCCUCCUAUUGUGGUUAGGCCACCACCCGUGUGUGUGCCAAGACCUCCUCCACUCAGGGUACAACCGCCACCAGUCCUGCCGCCAGUACCAGACGCGAUAGUCAUCCGACCAGCGAAGAUCAUCGUCCCAUCACCACCUACCAUCUGCUUCCGUCCGAACCCGCCCAUAUGCUUCAGGACAUUCGGCAGCGCUUGUAUCUGCCGUCCAGGGCCUGCUGGCGUGAACGGAGUAGGAGAAGGAGCAAACGCCCCUGAACCUUUCGGCCCGUGUGACCCUUGCAAUCCCUGCGGCCCUUACGGUCCCUGCGACCCCUACGCCCCCUGCGACCCUUGCGCGCCCUGCGACCCCUAUGCUCCCUGUGACCCUUACGCCCCCUGCGACCCCAGCAUCCCCUGCGACCCUAGCAGUCCAUGCGUUCCCUGUCCGGGGAUACGCGUUCCCGGCGUACCUUGCAAUCCAUUCCUUCCUGCUUAAUGAAUUAUUAUAAUUAAACAUUUGUACGUGUGUGUGGUUGAAUAUACGGGUAUUUGCAUGUG